CUCCCCGGGAACGAUCCAGUGGGGUGUAGGAUCGUGUUCACGCGCGACGCGACGCGACGCGACACGCUGAGAAAAGUCAAGGUGCACGAGACACGGGUGACGUCAGUGGCGCGCUGUAACCCGUCAGAGUUUACGACGGUCGAGUAGACCGGUCGCUUAUAAUAGGCGGGUCAUCGAGUGGAAGAGGGUUAAGUGACGUCACCUGUCCGAUGACCGCACGCCUUGCCACGCGGUCGCCGAUGUCAUCGUCGCGUUUCUCGCCCGUGACACGCGCGUCCGUCCGCCGUAAAUGGCGAAACGCUGAAAAGGAAACGCGUGGGCCUCGAUUUCGACACGAUAUCACCGGUGAUAUUUUCCCCGCGACCCUCCCGCCGGUUUCCCCCAUGGAAUUUCAAGGAAAAAUCGAGCCGCUGCGCCGCGCCGGUCGCUCCUAGAUAAAUAGACUUCGCCACGGGACGUCCGGGGGAUCUAGGAAACGUUACGUUUCCUCCUCGUUACGAUAAUAUUUACAUUUUGCCCGGCAUAUUUGCAUUUCUUCGCGGGCUACAACUAUCCGGCGCCGAUCUUCCGCGUGACGGAUCGACGGAUCGUUCACGGGAUUUCACGGGGAGGCUCGCGAUCCAGCCGGGAAACGAUCCGAUGACAAUCCGGGCUGGCCCCGGGCGACGAAUAUGUAGCUUCCACGAAUCGGCGAGGCGUAGCGGUUAUGGGACGAGUUUUCUGAUUCGUCGCGAGCCGUAUAAAAGCGAAGCUGGGUCCUGGGAUCGGGAAUCAGUCGAUCGCGGACUGCUGGAGCGAACAUGAUCAAGAUCAUAGUGUUAUUACUCGGGAUCUGCGAGGUUCUGGCAGUCCCGGAAACACCUUGGAGUCCCGAUAUAUCACCGGGGAUGGUCUCACCGCAGCUUCCUGGCUCGGAGAAUUUAAACGAGAAGGUGUUGCCGCUUUCAAAGCUGAUUCUUCGCGAACCACCCGGCUUUCCGGGAGAGGGGAACACCGUGGAGAAGAUUCAGAUGCCUUCGGAGCUACCCGGAACGAAGAAUUUAGCUGAAAAAAGUAUUCCAUUCUUGGUCCUGGAGAAAUUGUCGCGUCCUCUCGAAUUCGGGACUGAGAACUGACGAACUUGAUUGUUGAAAAAGGAGAAAUACAU